CCCACCACGCACCACUCCACUACACUGCUCUCUCCUCCCACCCUCCAAUGCCACGGCUUCCCGGAGAUCGCUGAGAGAGAGAGAGAGAGAGAGAGAGAGAGAGAGAGCUGUAGCCAUGGCUGCUGGCCGUGGACCAGGCGUGGUCGCGGGGCUGCUGCUUCUCCUCCUCCUGGUGGACGCGGCGCGGGGAGCCUCCGCCGCCGGUGGGGGAGGGGGAGGGGGAGGCGGGGCGGCGGCCGUCAAUGGGGACCGCCUCCGGGCGGAGCAGAUCCGGAAGCAGGCGUCGGACGCGGCGGCGUCCGCCGCCGCGCUGGCCGCGGCGUCCCGGCGGCUCCACCUCGACCGCGCGCGCCACCUCCGCCUGCUCUCCUCCCUCCACCGCAACCUCACCGCCACGCUGCGGGACCUCACCGCCGCCGAGUCCGCGUCCGCGUCCCCGUCCGAGCCAGGCUCCGCGUCGGCGUCGGCGGGGGACGAGGUGCGCCGCCUCGACCUGCAGGCCAAGGACCUGAUCCGCGCCGCGCGCGCCGCCAUCGCGGACGCCAAGCCGCUCUUCGACCCGCAGCUCAAGAUCCAGCGGCUCAAGGACGCCAUCUUCGCGCAGAACGAGCUGCUCGCCCGCGCCAAGAAGCGCGGCGCCUUCGCCUCGCUCAUCGCCGCCAAGUCCAUCCCCAAGCCGCUCCACUGCCUCGCCGUCCGCCUCACCGCCGAGCGGAUCGCGCGGCCCGAGAAAUACGCGGACCCGGUGCCGCUGCCGCCCGCGCUCGACGACCCCGCCAUGUUCCACUACGCCAUCUUCUCCGACAACGUCCUCGCGGCCUCCGUCGUCGUGCGCUCCGCCGUCGCCAACUCGCUGGACCCCUCGAAGCACGUCUUCCACGUCGUCACCGACCGAAUGAACCUUGGCGCCAUGCAGGUGAUAAUCCGCCUAAUGGACUUAAAAGGCGCACACUAUGAGGUCAAAGCAUUUGAAGAUUACAAAUUUCUUAACUCCUCAUAUGUUCCUGUGCUUCGACAACUGGAGUCAGCAAACCUCCAGAAGUUCUAUUUUGAGAACAAGCUUGAGAAUGCUACAAAAGAUGCUAGUAAUAUGAAGUUUAGGAACCCCAAGUAUCUCUCAAUGCUCAAUCACUUGCGGUUCUAUUUGCCAGAGAUGUAUCCGAAACUGCAUCGGAUACUUUUCUUGGAUGAUGAUGUUGUGGUACAGAGGGAUCUUACAGGAUUGUGGAAGAUUGACAUGGAUGGCAAGGUGAAUGGAGCAGUAGAAACAUGCUUUGGAUCGUUCCAUCGGUAUUGGCAGUAUAUGAACUUCUCACACCCUCUUAUCAAAGAGAAAUUUAAUCCUAAUGCAUGUGGAUGGGCAUAUGGCAUGAAUUUCUUUGAUCUUGAUUCUUGGAGGAGGGAAAAGAGUACUGAGCAAUAUCAUUACUGGCAGAAUCAGAAUGAGAACCGGACAUUAUGGAAGCUAGGAACAUUGCCUCCUGGUUUAAUCACAUUCUAUUCCACCACAAAGCCCCUGGAGAAAUCUUGGCAUGUUCUUGGACUGGGGUAUAAUCCAAGCAUAAGCAUGGAGGAGAUUAGGAAUGCUGCUGUUGUGCAUUUCAAUGGGAACAUGAAGCCCUGGCUGGAUAUUGGUAUGAACCAGUUCAGGCACCUAUGGACAAAGUACGUGGAUUAUGACGACUCGUUCAUUCGUCAAUGCAAUUUUGCACCACCAUAGAGGGAAGCAUUUGCCAUUGUUCUACAGAUAGUAUCAAGGAAGAAUGGCAACUAGAUCGAGCUAGAUCAACUGUAGCAGUAACACAUGUUGUUACACAUAAUUUCUGUGGAAAUUCGAGGAGCCAGCUGAAUAGAACUGUGGACGACUACAAUUCUUUCUAGAUCUUGUUGUAUACCAUCGAUUAAGUUAUGGUGAAAAUGCUGUUCAAAACAUGAACAUUAUUUUCAUCCUGUUUGUAAUAAUCCUAUGUGUUUGUUUGCUAAAGUCAUGUGUUAUGUUUAUAAUACGUACACUCUUACUAGGACAGAUUAUCAGAAGAUGUAUGAAUUCCUGUGGAGAAA